CCAGUGCAUUUUGUCACUCGAUAAAACGUCGAAGAAAGCGAAAAAAGGCCAUCGCAGAAAAAAGAAUCUUUCUUCGCGUUGAACGGGUUCUUGUGUUUCGCAAUAUUUUCGUAUCUUGGGAAAGAUCCCACAAGGUGCAAAGGGAACCGGAAGCAGCACGGUCAAACGCAGUCGGAAGUUUCGUUGUUACGUCACCUGAAUAAGGCAACAGUGGUGAUCGGUCAAGAUGUCCGGACCACCGACCAGCAUCACGCGGAAUGAGGUCGCCCAAUUCGUGCUGCGGAUUACACUGGUCUCGAUCGUAACCUACUACUCGGCCAAAUGGUUGAUGAAAAAUCUGGACCCCACCAACAAGAGCAAGAAAAAGGCCAUUGAAAAGGCGGAGGAAAUCCUGCGCAAACUUGGUCCCAAUAUGAAAAAGAAUGCUCUCACCAAUUUGAACGACUACGAGCUGGUGAUAGCUUCGCAUUUGGUCGUUCCCGAGAACAUAAGUGUCAGCUGGGAAAGCAUCGCCGGACUGGAUCACGUUUGCCAGGAAAUCAAGGAAAGUUUGGUAUUUCCGGUUUGCCACCGGGACAUGUUUUCCGGCUCUGCCCUGUACCAAGCUCCGAAGGGGGUCCUGCUUUACGGCCCACCAGGUUGCGGCAAGACUCUGAUCGCCAAAGCCACGGCCAAGGAGGCAGGAAUGCGUUUCAUCAAUCUGGAUGUGGCCAUGCUCACCGAUAAAUGGUAUGGUGAAUCGCAAAAAUUGGCUUCUGCAGUUUUUUCGCUUGCUGUCAAAAUUCAGCCCUGCAUUAUUUUCAUUGAUGAAAUUGAUUCAUUUUUACGUGCCCGUAAUUCCUCGGACCACGAGGCAACAGCCAUGAUGAAGACACAGUUUAUGAUGUUGUGGGACGGAUUGAACACGGAAUCUGAUUCUACCGUUAUCGUAAUGGGUGCUACAAAUCGGCCGCAGGAUUUGGACAAAGCUAUUCUGCGCCGUAUGCCAGCACAGUUCCACAUUGGAUUGCCACACGAAGAGCAGCGCUUGAAAAUUUUGCAAUUGAUCCUUCGACAGGAAAAGAUAUCCAACGAUGUUGAUUUCCAUCAGCUGGCCCGAAUGACCAACAACUAUUCCGGAUCAGAUCUGAGAGAGAUGUGCAGGAACGCAUCGGUAUAUCGCAUCCGGAAAGUUAUGCGGGAAAAGAACAAGGAAAUGGCUGCUCGGAUUGCUGCUAAUGGAACUGCAAACGGCAACCCUUCGUGGGCUUCCACUUCGUCUGGUUCCCCAAUUUUAGAUGACGCUCCAGCUAUCACAAUGGAUGAUCUUGUUGAAUCCCUGAAGAAUAUGAAGCACUCAAAAUAUAAUUCCGGUCAAAUAAAUGACUCGCGUAUAGAUUUAGACUAAAUUUCUCAUAACGUUCCUGGGAACGCGAAAUUAAAAUAAAUCGGAUUGAAACGCUUAUACAUAUGAUAAGAGUGUCUGCAAAACGGUUCUCAUUUUUUCCUAUCAGCAUGAUUUUAUUUAAUAACUUAUUAGAUUAUAUGGCGAUUAGUUUUAAUUCCUCAGCACAAAAUCUUUUCAAAUUAUCCAAAAAGGAACAGUUUCUAUAAUAGGGAAACAAUAGACCUUCAUUUCUUCUUUUGAUCGAAUGCCACUCGUAUUAAAAUUGUCAUUGAAGUGUAAACGUGAGCAGCAUUCCCGAUCGAAAGAAAAAAUGAGGUAGAAUUGUAUAGAAUACCACCAAAUUAAACAAGAUUAUAAAUUGUAGCUUUCACCAAUAGCUUGUAAGAGAAAUGUUAGUGAACAUAGGAUACUAUUUAACUACCUUGUCUCAACUGUACGGUGUAUAUCCAGUCAGAAUAUUUAGUAACUCUAGUGUAGAUAAGUCAAUACGAUCAGAUCAGAACAGAUGCGGUAUCGGGCUAGUUUUAUUUUCCUACUUACCUACUAAUGGGACGUCAUGAAUUCAUGAAACUAAGAAAGUUAUUUUUCCCUUGUUAGGUGUUUAAGAAUGAAAAUGAUUUAUUUGUAUGCUUUUCAUGGUUGAAUUAGGAAAUUAGCUUACCUUAGCUUAGCUUAGCUUACCUAUUACGAGCAGGUAAAUCGUGUAAUAUCUUUAGAAAGAUGUCAAUACAUAAAAUUUAAAUUCCAA